AUGCAGAAGCUUCUGAGCAAAUGCUUAAGUGGCAGCAACUCGGACAAUGCAGCCAUCGGGGAGGAAGGGCUUUUACAAACAUGUCAGAUUGUAAUGGGCUUGGACAACAACCUAGAUGAGGUAAACUGUAUGAACAUUGAACAGCUAGACAAUGAUUUCUUAUGUCGGUUUGAACAUUACGCGAAGAAAAACUCCACAGAAGCCAUACGAAUGAGUGGACUGAAUGGAAGCGCAAGAGCACAUAUCUCCAAUUUGAAUGAAUACUGUGAGAACCGUUUUAAUGAAAUGUUUAACAUAGAGUAUAUAGAUUACUCCUUAUCAUUUUACGAAGUGAUUUUUUUAAACUUCUUCAGUUCGUUCGGCGAAAAGCAGGGGAGAAAAAAAAAAGAGAAAAUAUCAUGGGAAGAUAACAUAUACGUAAUGAACAGAUUUUACCAAAAGAUGAAAACACAGAAGUAUGUCCUGCUUCAUAAAGCUAAUUCAAUUCCUCAUAAGAAGAAGAAGAAAAAAAAUGUGAAUUACCAAAAUGGGGAUGCAUUCCUGUGUAGUGACAACAUGAUCGCCAUAGCGGAUGGAGUUUCAUCCAUUAAAAAUACUGGAAUUAAUGUAGGCAAUUUUUCAAAUGAGCUUUUGAAAAAGUGCUUAAAUUUGUAUCUACACAGGUGUGUGAACAGUGCACUAUUUGAGGAACAAAAUCGGGUCGUGUUUAACCAUUACAAAAUCAAACACAAAGAAGAGGAAGUGCUCAAGCCAAUUGUAUGUAGAAGCGCCUGCUCGUCUAACUUUCUGGGAGCCUCCACACUAUUGCUUUCAUCUGUGGAGAGAGAAAAGUUGCACAUUUGCUCUAUUGGAGAUUGCCAAAUGUUGAUACUACGAUUUAGGAAGAAUUUCCUCACAGAUAAACGCAUCCGAGCAGUGCAGAGCAACAUCCGAGCCAAUCAACUUUUGGGAAAUUCUUUGAAACGGGAGAGUGCUCUCGCGGACAUCUUGCAAGAUAACACUUAUACAGAUAUGUGUAGUGGCCCUUCUGAUGAGGAGACUAAUGGGGACUCUUUGGAUGCGACUGAGCAGGGGUUUAAAUCGAAGAGGUAUAACUCGCCAAAAAGACCCGCUCUUAGUACACCCCAUCUGAGCAGUAGCAAAGAAGGUGCUCUUCACCACACCGCGGAGGGGAGCAAAUUCAAGCUAAAAGGGCUGUAUUUACAAAGGGAGGAACUUUACAAAAAAGACCUCUUUAGGGAGGCAAACGGAGAUAAAGUUUCGCCGCAGGAUUGUGAAUCUGUCACAUUAUACUUGGAAGAGGAGUUAAUUGCAGAUAUGUGUGAACAGCUUGAAGAGUACUUGGCUAAUAAAAAUUACAAAAUAGGAAAUUUAACCUUUGUGGUGAAGGAGGAGGAGGACUGUCCCCAUGGAGUUACAUCCUUUGACACUAUUACAGGGAGUCAAUCUAAUACCAAGACGGAGUCUCUCCUAGGUCAGAAAUAUUUUCACACCAUCGAGAGUGACUGGUACGAAAAUGAAAACCAACCACUUUCGACGAUGAGCACCAUGGAUGAAAGUGGAUAUAGAAAUUUGCUGCGUUUUUUUGACUUGGAUCGGACGGACAUUUCGGGCAUUGACAGGGGGGAGGAUUAUCGAAAGUGUGUUGAGGGAAGACCCACUCAGGGGAAUUACCAUCAGGAAAUGGGAAGCGGCAUGGACAGGAGCUGGAGUGAAGAAAACAGCCAAAAAUGCGUCCAGGUUAACCAUUUUAAUAACUACCGAUUUAGGUGCUUUGACGCGGAUAAGAGCCACUUCGAUAUAAUUUACAAGUCGAAAGUGCAGCAACAUUAUUUUAACUGUCCCUUCCAAAUAACCUUCAUGCCUGCUACUCUGGGCGGUCAUCUGCGGAGGAAAGCAUCCAAUGGGGGCGCGAGAGCGGUAGGCACAGAGGGAGCACACGCAAACAAGUUGGGCGAAUGUAAUAGGGUUAAAAUGAGUACAUAUAACGACAUCAUUUCGAAGUGUAUCAGGUACUGCGAAUACGCCACAGUUGACGUAAAAAAUAAUGACAUCAUUGUAAGUGGAAGCGAUGGACUAUUCGAUAAUCUAUACGACGAUGACAUUAUGGAAAUUUUGUUCAAUAACUUCUACACAGUUAAGUGCAACGAAUUUAUCCAACUAAAAGAAAUCUACAAUUUUUAUGAUGAGUGUAUAAGUGUAUUACGCAAGGUGAAACACACUAUUUCCGAAGACUGGCACAAGGGAAAAAAUCCGACACGCACAUUUUCUGGUGCGAUAAAUCAAUCUUCCGAUGUGGAUGUUAAUACGGACCACGGGGAGGAGCUCAAAUGGAAAGGUGAACCCAAUGCCGUGGGUGGUGAAUCACCCGGUACUCUCCGUUCUGGGGAGAACCACGAUGCCCUCUUAUCUCGUGGGGAGGGGAAUAAUAAACGCAAGAAUGCAAUGAACGGGAGGAUGAACAAAUCUGAGGUGAUCCCAGAUGAGAAACAAAGAGCAGAAAAUGGUGAAAUGAAUGGAAGGGGAGGAAAUGCGGAUCUGUUAUUAGGAAAUAUCAACUCCUUCGAUUACACACGUGCACGACGAAAUAAGACAGACGCCAGUGAGGACAACUGGGAUGAACGAAUGAAGAAAGAGAAGGAACGAAGUUUCUUCUUCAGCAGAAAGUAUAAGAGCAACAUAAGCACCGCUAUGCUUCGGUUGAAAUUUCCUUCUAAAAUAAAGAGCAUGUUUUCGAUGAAAGCGAAAGGAAGGAGAAGUGCAAAGGGAAAGACGAAAAGCCAAAUGUGCCAAUCAGAACGAGGGGAAGACUUCCCGAAGGCGAACAAAAAUCGAAACGAAGAGCAACACCAUGAAACGGGGCCGAAACGAAAUCUACAUGAAGCCGAAGUGGAUGCAUAUAACCCCUUCGUGCAGAAUAAACAAAUUGAUUAUGCCGAAGACAACAGGAGUUAUUCUGAACAUUCCGGUGGGUCAUUAAAUCGGAGGGACCUCAAGAUUGGGGCGUAUUUAAAGAAGGGUGACCAUUUGGGGACUCCCUCGGCAGGUGACGCAUAUUCAGACGACCUCACAUUGGACAAUGAGGGGAACUUCCGAGGAGUCUACAAUUCCAAUGCCCAGCGAAAAACACAUGGGCUCAAAGGGGUAGGCAAUUUUGUUAACCGUAAGGGCAAGGAUUGUGGGUUUACCAAGGGGCCGGCUGACUGGUCUGGAAAUGCCUUUGGGAAUGUACUCCAACGAGCGGAGCGCCAAAGGACAACGGAAAUAAUCGCUAACGAUGGGGUAAUCCCAUUGAGGAGGGAGAAAACGAACGGCACGGAUAAGUGGAUAACAGAGCAGACUACACUGCCUGGAAAUUCAGAACACGAUAGCUAUGGAGCGAGUGGUAUAAAAAACGGAGGAGAAAAGAAAAGAAAAAAAAUUAUUGUGCAACGCAAAAUAAAAUGUGGCACCUUUGCAUACGAGCCAACCGAUUUCGUCCUCUUCGACGAAAGUAACAACAUUUACUUAAACACCAGGAAGGCGUGCGAUGAGAUUGUGCAGCUGUCCAACAUCUUAGCCAACCAAGAGGUGAACAAAACUCUGAUAAGGAAGAGAAGAAAGGAAUACGAGGCGCACCGUGGAAAUAUGAAUGAUAAAGGGAAAGAAAGCGUUCCUGACAAUGCACAUAUGUGUGAUGUGUUGGGGAAAAUAAAAAACGAUAAGCACCCUUCCAGGAAAGCCCCUCCCAGCAUCUAUAAAAAAGAGACAAACUUGUUUGAUAAAGUUAACUACGACGAUAUACAGUCAAACAAAUCCAGCGAUAAAAUAAUUUUAACCCCCAUAUCGGAGUUCAUCUUUGAUAAGUACAGAAAAUACUUUAACAUGGGGAAGCCGGACGAUAUAACUGUCGUACUUUCCGUCGUGAAGGAGAACAAGUACACUUAG